GUCAGCACAGAGCUAGGUGAGCUCCACCUGUGCCGCGGCAGUGUCGUCGAGAUUGCCAAAAUGGGCCUUAAAUGCCUUAAGGAAGGCUGCUUCGUCGGCGAAGGGGGUCGUCGCUCCCUGGAUCCCGAUUUGGACGGAGGCAAGCUGGGAGAAGAUGGGGGUGACCCAAGCUCGCGCAUCACCAUCGAGAAGACUGAGGGCAACCUGAAUCUUCAGCUCAAGGGAAGAGAGGGCCGUGUUAAUCGUCCAGGACGGCAGCGGGAGAGGACAUUAUCGGCGACGAGGAGGACAAAGGACUGCCCGCGGAUGGAGGCGACUGUUGUGACUGUCUGCCGGGCGAACUUCGCGAGGAAUGAGUGCUCGAGCGGCCUCGCAGCGGCGACAGCAGUGAAGACGAUUGAGGAAGCCUGGAGGCGGGGUGACAUAGGACAGGGACUGAAGUCGAGGAGGGGACUGUGGACGAUGAGCUGGCCCAAGAAUGCGAUGGAGUGUCGCGGGGCUCGGCCUUGGGAGGUCUUUCCAACCGUGGCCCCAAGGAGGGCUGGGGGAUCGCUUGAGGGGUCGCUGAAGGCUGUGCGACUGCCUCAGUUCCUCGAGGGAGAUGGGGAUCUCCUCGUGCUUGACCUGUACUGGCGACAGCGUACCGGAGUGCAGGGCCACUGGGGUGUUGGACUCGUUUUCAUUGCUUUCUGGGUCGUCACAAGAGACGUCGACCUGCUCCUGGGUGUCGAAGGUGUGCUCAAGUCGAGAGCAGUUGAAGAAUUCGUCAGCCACGGUUCGCGAUUCACAUGGGGCCCAGUACUGCUUUUGGCUAGUAUGCAGCAGGAACCUAAGCCACGCGUCCGUGAGGACAAGUAUCGCCCACUGAAGUGCAGAUACCGAAGAGUUUGUGAGUGUUUUUUUGGAAUGCCGGCAGUGUUGGGGAGUUUCAACCUAAUGUCACAACUUAGGGUCGAGCGACAGGGGAAAACCAGAUGCUGGGGGUGUUCGACUGAUCUUACCGAAGCGAUGGGCAGGCUGUGCGCGCUGGUCCAUGCGCAGCUGGUCCGUGCACAGCAUGCCGAUGCGGCCCCGGGGGCCAGUGAGUCAGAGCGGCUGUGUCAGCGGAGCCCGAGCUGUGCCGUGCACUGCCAUCUGAUCUAA